AUGACGACACUACCCUUUACCACGCUCGAUGUUUUCACCCAAACACCCUUUAAGGGCAAUCCUUUGGCAGUAGUGACGAUCCCAGUCGGCGUCAAUCUGUCUCAAGAUCAGAAGCAGGCCAUUGCACGAGAGUUCAACCUAUCGGAAACCACUUUCGUGCACGAUGUUGCCGACCCUGCGACGACUAGUGAACGGCGCUUCGAUAUCUUCACUCGCGAAGCGGAAAUCCCGUUUGCUGGUCAUCCGACGAUUGGAACAGCUGCCUUUCUUUACUCGCGCGGUGUGCGAACUCUAAUCGCAAAGGCAGGGCCCAUCACGAUUGAACCAAUGGCAAACAGGGCUCUCAGGGCGGCCAUUCCGUACAAUGUCCGCCUACACCAGAAUCGUCUGCCAGUCCCAGAUCCCGCAUCGUUCCCGGUAUCACAGGCCGAGGUUGCAAAGGCGGAAGGUGGUUCUCCUCUGUUUAGCAUCGUCAACGGAAUGGCCUUUGCUCUGAUUGAGCUACCCUCUCUGGAAGCUCUAGGAGCAGUGCAAUUCGGCGCGAUGCCAGAACUUCCCAAGGAACUCCUCGAUGAUGGUUGGAACGCCGGCUGGGUCACGCGGCGGUAUUACUUCAUCCGCAUCGCCGCUGAGAAUCUCAAUGGUAGAGCUGUCUAUAAGAUCAGGACCAGGAUGGUCAGACGAUCCAUGGAAGACCCAGCCACUGGAAGUGCGGCUUGCGCGUUGGCGAGUUACCUGAGCUUGCAUGAGCUGAAAGACAAGUCAAUCACCUUCGAGAUCACCCAGGGAGUUGAGAUGGGACGAGACAGCGAUAUCCUGAUAGACACGGAGGUCGGAAGUGAUGAGAAUGGAAUAAGAAAACUCGAGGCAUUGCAUCUCGGGGGCAAGGCAGUUGAGGUGAUGAGCGGCUCUAUCACCGCUCGAUUUGAGGCAUCACAAUGA